AUGUUGUCGUCCCCCCCGCCGCCGCCGCCACCGCUGCCCUUUGAGGAGCCCCCCGGCUUUGAGCUCUCCCCACUCUUGGCCUUUUUGGCCGGCUUCUCCGAGUCGCUUCCAGAUGUGGAAGACAGCACCUCCUUUGAUUUUGGCAUUGUGCUGCAACGGGAACAAAGCACAACUUUUAACGCGGGUUCGAAAGGCCUGCACAGGGGCCCGCUCACAAAAAGGACCCCCCCCUACGGAACCAGGGGCCUGCUUAUUAUAAUGCUCUGGAUGUCAAAGCUGAUGGAUGGUUACCAGGUUCCGGCCCUCUCCGACACCUUUGAGAGGCUCCUGGAGCCCCUGGAUCUGGACCAGUUCCACCACACGCCCUCAGGAAACCUGUUUUUGUUGGGCCGACCCAGCCGCGGACUUUACGCUCAGAACAGACUACAUGAAUGGAGUGACCCGGAUGGGGACGCAUUGGACGCGUGCGGGGGCGCGGGCCACGGUCACGCAGGUCCUCUGACACCCCACCGGCUCCGUUUAGCCACUUUAGAGACCGGUCUCCUGCCUAAGUACAGCUACAGACGUGGCGCGAUCCGCCGCCACGCGCUACGCGGAGCAGGCUGCCCCUUGUCGCCCAGGCAACGGGGCGUGGCCAAGCCGCCCGCGGAACAGGUGAUCGACGUGAUUGGCUGCGGGGUCGGACGAUGUACCGGCGCGCCAUGGCUCCAUUCGCGGGGCUCCGAGUCAGCGGCUGACGCUGCCCGGGAAGGCCGGCCAGACUCCCCCAGCCUGCGGACUCAGCGGCAGCAGCACCCGGACGGCGGCUUCUCUCCCUCCUCUCUGCCCGGAGCUGUGUGACACCAUGCUGAGCCCUGCCUUCCGUGCCCACGGCCUGCUGGUGGCCUCUCACCCGUGGGAGGUGAUCGUGGGGACGGUCACCCUCACCAUCUGCAUGAUGUCCAUGAACAUGUUCACCGGCAACGACCAGAUCUGUGGCUGGAACCUGGACUGUCCCAAAACAGAGGAGGAACUCCUGAGCAGCGACAUCAUCAUCCUGACCAUCACACGCUGCAUCGCCAUCGUCUACAUUUACUUCCAGUUCCGGAGCCUCAGACAACUGGGAUCCAAGUACAUUUUAGGCAUUGCCGGUCUUUUCACAAUAUUCUCCAGUUUUGUGUUCAGCACUGUGGUCAUUCAUUUCUUCGAUAAGGAGCUCACGGGCCUCAAUGAGGCGUUGCCCUUUUUCCUGCUUCUCAUCGACCUCUCCAAAGCCUGUGCUCUCGCAAAGUUUGCCCUCAGCUCCAGUUCUCAGGACGAGGUGAGAGACAACAUCGCCUCUGGCAUGGCGGUUCUGGGACCUACCUUUACUCUGGAUGCGCUGGUGGAGUGCUUAGUGAUCGGAGUCGGAACCAUGUCAGGUGUGCGGCAGCUGGAGAUCAUGUGCUGCUUUGGGUGCAUGUCCAUCCUGGCCAACUACUUUGUGUUCAUGACGUUCUUCCCUGCGUGUGUCUCACUGGUUCUGGAGCUGUCACGAGAGAGUCAGGAGGGCCAUCCUAUCUGGCAGCUGGGUCAUUUCUCCAGAGUGAUGGAAGAGGAGGACAAAAAGCCCAACCCUGUUACGCAGAGGGUCAAAAUAAUCAUGUCUCUGGGCCUGGUGAUGGUUCAUGCCCACAGCCGCUGGAUAUCCAAGCCCUUCUCCAACAGCACAGCAAACAUCCCACAGGUGGGCAUGGAGGUGGAGCACCUGUCAGCCAGAAGGAUCGAGCCAGAGAAAUCCCUCUGGCACUUCUAUCUGUCCAGGAUGAUUACCAUGGACAUAGAGCAGGUGAUCUGCCUGACCUUGGCCCUACUGCUCGCCAUUAAGUACAUCUUCUUUGAGCAAGUGGAAAUGGAGUCUACGCUGUCCCUAAGGAACCCCAUCACUAUGUCCACUCCCACUCCAUCUGUGGACAAGGAGAGGUGCUGCGUGAAGGAGCUGGCUGCUCCCGCAUCCUUAGCCCUCACUGCCGCACACGAGGAAGCCCACAAGGAAGAGAGAGAUGAAGUCAUCCGGCCAGUAACCACCACCAGCACUGAUUGUCAGCAAAGGAGCUGCUUCACCAUUGGAGAAGAAGAAGAAGAGUCCGAGUCUCAAACGGCUCAGCUUAGUCCCCCCCAGGGCCCCAGAGACCUGGAUGACUGCGUGGCCAUCCUCAACAACCCUGAGCUGGGGCCCUGCUUUCUGAGUGAUGCUGAGGUGAUACUGCUGGUAACAUCCAAACACAUCCCCGCAUACAAACUGGAAACUAUGAUGGAGAGGCCAGAGAGAGGAGUGGCCAUACGAAGGCAGUUGAUAUCUCCCAAACUGCCCGGCCCCUCCGUGCUGUCCUCUCUGCCGUUCACCAACUAUGACUAUUCCAAGGUCGUAGGUACCUGCUGUGAAAAUGUGAUCGGUUACAUACCUGUACCAGUGGGAGUUGCUGGACCACUACACCUGGAUGGGAAACAGUUCCAAGUUCCCAUGGCAACCACAGAGGGCUGCUUGGUUGCAAGCACUAACCGUGGAUGUCGAGCAAUCGCAUUGGGUGGUGGCGUCCACAGUCGCAUCCUGGCCGACAGCAUGACCCGUGGACCUGUAGUGAGGUUACCUUCUGCUUGCAAAGCCGCGGAGGUCAAGGCCUGGCUCGAGAGUCCUGACGGUUUUCAGGCAGUCAAAGAGAGUUUUGACAACACCAGCAGGUUUGCUCGGCUUCAGAGGCUUCUGGUGGGCCUCGCCGGGAGGAAUCUAUACAUCCGCUUCCAUUCCAAGACUGGAGACGCCAUGGGCAUGAACAUGAUCUCUAAGGGCACAGAACAGGCUCUGAGCACGCUGCAGCAGCACUUCCCAGAAGUGCAGGUUAUCGCUGUGAGCGGGAACUACUGCACGGACAAGAAACCAGCCGCCAUCAACUGGAUUGAGGGCAGGGGCAGGUCUGCUGUGUGUGAAGCCACCAUUCCUGCCAGGGUGGUCCAAGAGGUCUUGAAAACCACAACAGAGGCUCUGAUUGAAGUCAACAUCAAUAAAAACCUAGUGGGCUCAGCUAUGGCCGGCAGCAUUGGUGGAUUUAAUGCUCAUGCAGCCAACUUGGUGACUGCCAUCUACAUAGCCUGUGGACAGGAUCCAGCCCAGGCGGUGGGCAGCAGCAACUGCAUCACCCUGAUGGAGCGGUCAGGACCAACAGGGGAGGACCUGAGCAUCAGCUGCACGAUGCCCUCUAUAGAACUGGGCACUGUAGGAGGAGGCACCAACCUGCCCCCGCAGCAGGCCUGCCUGCAGAUGCUGGGUGUGCAGGGGGCCAGUCAGGACUGUCCAGGGGAGAAUGCGCGGCAGCUGGCCAGGAUUGUGUGCGCUACAGUGCUGGCUGGAGAACUCUCACUGAUGGGGGCUCUGGCUGCCGGGCACCUGGUCAAGAGUCACAUGACACACAACAGAUCUAAGGUGAACCUGCAGGGUACCCCGGCAGCCUGCAGCAGGUAAAGCCUGCAGACAGCCCGAGGCCGACCAUCCACCUGCAGCACAGAGCACCGGCGGAACACUUUAGCCACCUAAACCUGGACAAUGUGAGAGCUGGGAGAGAUGUCGAACAUCUUUGAAGGCCUCCACUCACAACCCGCUGUGUUUUCAACAAACCAUGCUCAGGAUAUAAAAGGGAUCCGUGUGGGAAGAAAGCAGGUGGAACAACUGUGAAACAGUAUAGAUCCACCAACCAUCUUAUUUCCAACUUAUGAUUCAGUGUGCAUGAACAGAAUGUGAAAUGGUGCUUAAUAAAACUAAGCCUUUGCAUCCAAUAUUAACUGACAAAGGUUGCUUGCUGCACACUGGGUGUGACCAGGCCUUUGGCAGGGUUCAGGGGCUGUGGAUCCCUGGUCCUGUCACCUGGGCCCCUGGUUCCCCUGCAGAGGGGUCAGUGGACCCCACAGAGAUGGCUGGUUCCCCAGAAGCCCAAUCCUCUUUUUCUCAAGGAGGUGCCUAAAGUUGACAUUUUACUGGCCAAAAAAAACCUUUAAAUUUAAUAUUAGAGAAAAGAGACAACCUGUUGUCUGAAAAUAAUGAGACUAGACGCUGUGGCGGGCAGUAGGUUUGACCGCACAUUCCCAAAGCUGACCUGCUUGCUCAUGAGGAGGGGACAGAUUGUUAAGAAAUGCUUUCUGCAUUUAGACGUAUUGUUGAUUGAGAAACUCGCAGCCGGAUGAUGCGAGAAACUUGAAUGAAUAAAGACACUUGAAGCAGACAUUCU